AUGGCAGGAUCCCCAGACGUGGUGAGGCAGAGGCAGACAGGGCAGGUGGCGGCUGCCACCAUCGGCUACCACGAUGGCCAGCAGUACGCAGCUGAGUCGGAGCGGCUCAGGAAGGCCAGGCUGCGUGUGGAGAAGGCCAUUAAGGAGAAGAAGAUCUUCACCGUGCACGGCCCCUACCCCGUCAUCCGCCGGCUGCUGCGCGCCCGGGGCUGGGUGGAGAGGAAGCUGCCCCUCAAUCGCAAGCAGCUGAAGCAGCAGCCUGCCGACCAAAGCAAACAGCAGCUGGACAAGGGGGCAAGCGGUGGCGGUGAUGAGCAGGGGGAGGCAGUGCUGAACCCACCUGGUGGGGCACAGCCUUCCUUGGGCACCGCAGAGCCCCUGCAGCACCCAUGUUGCACAGCACACAAUAAGGAGAACGAUGGGGAAAGGGAAGAUGAAGACGAGAAGGAAGACAAGGAGCAGUGCAGUGAGGACUCUGAAGACAUCCAUGACCUCAUGUCCUUCCUGGUGCAGGACCAGGUGCCAAACUUCCUCUGGACCAUUCGCCUGAGCAGCGUUGACCAGGAGCUGCUGGCGAGGAUUGAGGUGGUGAACCGCUAUCCCCGGCUGGCCGCGCUUUGCACCAAGGAGGGGCUGUGCCAAAGCCUGCAAAACUUGUCCUGGUUUGAGCAAGUUGACUUCAACACCUUUUUCCCCCGGUGCUACCGGCUGGGGUUUAAGGACGAGACGGAAGCCUUCAUUGACGAUUUCUGCCUGACAGCAGCUCGCAGCCUUCUCAAACUGGCCCUGCAGAAGGGCGGGGACAGGCCAGUGGGGACAGAGCAGCCCUCAAAACCCGACGAGGUGCCCGGUGAGGCCGCACUCCCCCUGUAUCCCGAGCUGCUGGAGGAGGCCCUGGAGGUCUGUGAGCAGCACCUGGGUGUUCUGGGGCACCAGGACAUCGACAGGAGCACCCCGUCGCCCUGCCGGACGUGCAUUGACUGGGACCGCUUCCUGCCGGAAUACUACCGUGUGGCACAUGAGGGGGCCAGGCUGGAGCUGGGCAGGGAGCAGCAGGAGCGGUGCCAGGAGCUGCUGCAGCGCCUGGAGGAGAAGCUGCCGCAGCUCGGCAUAGAGGGCAGCCUCAACGUCUGGAUCGUCAAGCCCAGCGCCAAAUCCCGCGGCAGGGGCAUCGUGUGCGCGACGCGGCUGGAGGAGGUGCUGGAGCUGGCGCAGAGCUGCGUGGGCACCCCGGCGGGCGUGUGCGAGUGGGUGGUGCAGAAGUACGUGGAGCGGCCGCUGACCAUCUUCAACACCAAAUUCGACAUCCGGCAGUGGUUUGUGGUGACCGACUGGAAGCCACUGACUGUCUGGUUCUACCGAGACUGCUACCUGCGCUUCUGCUCCCGGCCCUUCUCGCUGUGCCACCUGGAGCCCGCCAGGCACCUCUGCAACGUCUCCAUCCAGAAGCGGUACAAAACGUGGCAGCCGGACCCCCGCGUGCCCCCCGACAAGAUCUGGUCCAACAAGCAGUUCCAGGCCCACCUGGCGUGGCUGGGGCGGGCGAACGCUUGGCAGCGGGUGAUGGUGCCCGGCAUGAAGGCGGCGAUCCUGAGCGCCCUGCGCUGUGCCCGGGACGAGGUGGGCUCCCGCAAGGGCAGCUUUGAGCUCUUCGGGGCCGACUUCCUCAUCGGGGAGGACCUCCAGCCCUGGCUGCUGGAGAUCAACUCCUGCCCCACCAUGAGCCCCUCCUCGGCGGUGACGCGCCAGCUGUGCGCCAACGUCCAGCGGGACACGCUGCGCCUCGUGCUCGACCGCAAGGACAACCCCACCUGCUCCAUUGGCGCCUUUGAGCUCCUUUAUAAGGAGGCAGCCGUGUCCUCAUGUCUGACUGUGGGGCUGAGGCUGAUGGUCACGGGCUGUUCCCUGAAGAAGCCUCAGUCGGCGAAGCAUCGAUCCCAGGACAAGCUCCCCAGCUCUGCACCCUCAGGGAACAGAGCCACCAAGGUCCACAGCUGCGGGCGCAGAGAAAGGCCGGGAGGAGGGGGUGAUUUCGCCGCCGGCCUCAUGGCCGGCUGGAGCCAGGGAGGCAGCCGGGCUGUGCCUCUCGGCCGUGCGGGCGGCAGGAGGCCGGCGGAGAAGGCAGUGUCGGAGGAGAAGGGGAACCAGCGCCAUUCCCAGCUCUGA